UGAAGAGUUGCCAGCAAGUUAAGCUUCUGUUGGGCAGAUGACGGUCUUUUAAUAAUAGUCUUCACAGGUAAGCUACCUCUUCACUAGUGGAAUGAACUGAGGUGACAAAGAGUGAGUAGCUAGACAGAAGAGCACAGAGAACUUUGAGAAAAGGACACAGGCAUGCAGCUUUUACACUUGGGAUGACUCUCAACCAGGAGAAGCUUCAAUCAUCUCAGGCAGGAGGACAAGGAAACUGAGGGAGCUUCAUCAGUAUUCAACUGUUAACUCGCUUUGGCGAUUUGGACACACUCAUGGAGACCCCUUCAAUGGUCCUGCUGGGGCUCCUUAUUUAUGGACUAGCCGGUGGUGUUCAACAGACUCUGGGGAGUCCCUCCGACAAAAGCCGUGACAGGACCCAAGAAUUUGAGAGCAGUGAAGAUGGUUUUGAGAGAGAGUUUCUCUAUGCCGGGAGAAGCAAACGUGCUCCAGCUGACCAGCAACAGGACAAAUGCUCCUACACUUUUAUAGUGCCACAGCAAAAAGUGACUGGAGCCAUCUGUGUCAACUCCAAGGAGCCAGAGGCUAUGCUGGAGAAUCGGGUCAACAAACAGGAGUUAGAGCUGCUAAAUGUGGAGCUACAGAAACAAAAGAGGCAGAUUGAGACCUUGCAACAAUUGGUGGAGGUGGACGGGGGUAUUGUCAAUGAGGUCAAGCUUCUGAGGAAGGAGAGCCGAAACAUGAACUCUAGAGUCACUCAGCUGUACAUGCAGCUGCUCCAUGAGAUCAUCAGAAAGAGAGACAAUGCCCUGGAAUUGGCCCAGAUGGAGAACAAGAUCUUGAACCAAACCUCUGAGAUGCAGCAUCUCACCAGUCGAUACAAAGAUCUCGAGCACAAGUACCAGCACUUAGCUUCUUUGGCCACUAACCAAUCAUCUCUGAUUGUCCUGUUGGAGGAGCAUUGCCAGAGUCGCCCUACCCCUCGUCAUGUGCCCAUCCCCCAGCCACGGCCUCAGCCCCCUCCACCAUCCCAGCCCGUUAACAAGCCUUACCAGCCACCUGUCCUUCCACGAAUCACCAAACCAAUCAGCAAUGAGAUCCAGAGUGACCAAAAGUCACCGCCUCUUCCAACAAUGCCCGCUGGCACACACAGCCCCUCCACCACUGACAAACCCUCUGGUCCAUUCAAGGAUUGUGCGCAGGCUCUGGAAGAUGGCCACACUGCCAGCGGCAUGUGCCUGGUAAAGCCAGAGAAUGCCAACCGGCUUAUGCAGGUGUGGUGUGACCAGAGACAUGACCCAGGUGGCUGGACUGUGAUCCAGAAGAGAGUGGACGGCUCUGUCAAUUUCUUCAGGAACUGGGAGACAUACAAGCAAGGUUUUGGCAAUAUUGACGGCGAGUACUGGCUUGGUCUGGAGAACAUCUACUGGCUGACGAACCAGGCGAACUACAAACUGCUGGUCACGCUGGAGGACUGGUCUGGCAGGAAGGUGUUCGCGGAGUAUGCCAGCUUCAGAGUGGAGCCUGAAGCCGACUUUUACAAGCUACGGGUGGGCCGUUACCAUGGCAAUGCUGGAGACUCCCUUACCUGGCAUAACGGCAAACAGUUCACAACACUAGACAGAGACCAUGACGCAUAUACAGGCAACUGUGCCCACUACCAGAAGGGAGGAUGGUGGUACAACUCUUGUGCCCAUUCGAAUUUGAAUGGAGUUUGGUACAGGGGAGGACACUACCGCAGCCGCUACCAAGACGGAGUCUACUGGGCUGAGUUCAGAGGAGGGGCCUACUCAUUAAAGAAAGUGGUCAUGAUGAUCCGUCCAAACCCAAAUACCUUCCACUAGGCAUCCAUGGAAAAGACACUGUACUGUAAAGAAAACAAUCACAUCUCCUAACAUCCAUGCAAACUGUAUCUUUUGUCUAAUGGAGUGGCACCAGUCUAAGCCGAGUACAAAGAAUGAUAACGUGGAAAGUACAAUAUCAAAUUGUCAGGCUGAUAAACUGGUCCCUCAAGACAAUUGAUCAAAUGUGUGUACUGUUAUUCAGGUGUCUCUACAACUCAGUUAAGAUGUGCUCAUUGUACAGGAGUUGUUUUAAAAAUAGUUCCUUUGAUCUGAGUGAGAAAUUCCAUGUGAACCUAAUUUGACAUGAAAAGACCAGAUUAAAAUCAUUCAGUUAAUA